GCUAAAUUACGUUUUAAUUCCAAUCUUUGGCGAGCCGAAAGAAGGCAAUCAACCGACGAUCACUCCAUGGCGUCGACCUCGACCUCGGCACGUGGGCGUCGCCGACCCCGGCGCCCCCGCGCUGCCAAACCCACCACCACCACCACCAACAGCAGCGGCGCUACCUCCACCAGCACCGGCGUCCCCUCUGCCUCCAAGUCCGAGCCGUCCGUCGCGUCCCAGCUCGUGGCCGCCAUCCGCCGCGACGACUUCCCCGCUUUCUCUUCGCUGCUGCAGACGCCCGAGCUGGACGUGAACCGGCGCAUGCCGCAGGGCGACGCGCCGCUGGUGGAGGCCUGUCGCUACGCGCGCCUGGACAUGGUGGCGGCGCUGCUGGCAGCGCCCCAGGCCAGCGCCAACGUGGCCAGCACCAACCGCAGCGCCAACCGCGUGGGGCUCACGCCGCUCGUGGCCGCGUGCAUGGCCCUGGCGCCGCAAGUGGUGGCGCUGCUGCUGGCCCAGUCCCAGAAGAGGGUGAACCUGCUCAAGGCCUACGGGCGCGUGAACGCCGCCACCGUCUGCCUGCUCUUCUGCGUGGCCAACGGCCGCUCGGACGCGCAGAACGACGCAGCGCUGCAGAUCUUGAAGCAGCUGCUGGACUACGAGCAGCAGCGCGGCCAGCUCAAGGCGCUGCUGGACGCCAGGCCCGACAAACUCAACGGCUUGGUGCACGUGGCGGCGGGGCUGGGCAACUGGAAGGCGCUGCAGCUGCUGCGCGGCUUCGGCGCGGACUUUAGUGCCAGAAACGCGGCGGAGCACUCGGCGCUGCACGUGGUGGAGCUCAACGCGUUCCAGGCCAGGUCGCUGCAGUUCUGCGAGCCGCCAAGGCAAGAGGCGGACGCGGGGAGAGGCAAGGGCAGAGGCAGGGGCAAGAAGCAGAGGCAGAAGAAACAGGAGGAAGAGAAGGAGGAGGAACAGCAGCAGGAGCAGCAGAGUGAAGCAGACAAGCAGACGUUUACGCGGUCACGGCCGGACCGUGCUGUUGAAGCUUUCCACGUGACACGGACUGUGCUGGAGCUAACGAAGGAUUCGGGGGUCGGUUCCGUUUUCUCACGUAAGGGCGAUGAAGGUGUUCGGGGUCUUUACAUUAAGUCACUGCUGCUUGCGGAAGUGGGUCUUGUGCCGAUUCUCAACGAAAUUGCUCAGAUGCCGGAUGCACAGAAGGAAAAGGCCGUGUAUACGGACGGACUGAUGUACACCGUGGCCUCUGUGUAUCCACUGUCGGUUAAAAAUGCGAAGGAAUACCAGUCUCUCUGGCGCCGAGCGCUCGACAAGCAAUCGAGCGGCAAUCUGGACGUGAAGACUGCUGCUCUCGGUGAUGAAGAAGAGAAAAAGAGCGUGCCACGAGUGCUGGAGCUAUCUCACGAAGCGUUCAAAAUGAUUUUGAACGGAAUGCUGUCCUACAACAGUCUUUCGAGGCGUGUGAAGGUGUGGAGUCUCAUUUUGAUGCAUUUGCUAGAUCCUUACGCUGAUGGGGCGCCUCUCACUGCCGACAAGCGACCCAUUAUGGAGGAAUGCGGCCAGCUGCAGUUUUUCGAGCGCAUUACGGAAAUGCUCUACCGUUCAGGAACCAAGCUCGCGUUCUGCAUUUUUGAUCGGACGGAUAUUGACGAAGAUGAAAGCUACGACGAAGAAAUCGAGUUCCAUCUACUAAUCUCGCUCGUUGAGCUCUUCCUCCAGUUCUUCGCACCGUACGCUCGUACGAUUCGCUCUGGAGAUAACGCGAAGGAAUUGGGCAUCGGUGAAAGUUUUCAGCAAGCGAUCAAGCCCGUCAAACAGCUAUGGUCUUUGGUGAAUGCGGCGCUGAGAAGCCUGGAUGACGCCAUCGCAACGCCACAGCGUUUUUCGCUGCUCCUUCACCUUCUGCAAGUGUUUGAGCAGCUGGAAGCCGCCUUCGUCGUCGAUGAAAACGCGACGCUUACGAAGUUGUUCAAGAUCAUGGACCGAUUUGUCAAGAAAGAAGCGAAGAAAAAGCGUGUCAAGAUGUUUGUUGCGGAGCAAACACAGCUUUUACAGACGAUUGCUACGUCGUUCCCGAUCCCAAGCACUUUUACUGAUGAAGUUAUCCCACUGAAGAACAGUGUGGAUGUGCUCAUCCGAUCCGAUCCUAAAGUGUUGGGCAUGGACUUGUAUGCGUUCGCGUCGAUUCCAGGGCUCAUCCGCCUUGAGCACAAAGUGGAUUAUCUGGCCAUGCUGGCCGAAGAGCGCAACGGAUCGGUAUCAGUGUCUAUCAGUCGCGCGUCUGAGGCAAACUAUGUGGACUUCAUCCUACAGCAAAUUCUCAGCACGUCGGCGAGCAACCUGAAGGGCGAAAUGAACAUCACGCUGAUCAACGAACCAGGCGUAGGUGUCGGUGUCACGCGCGAGUUUUUCCAGAUUGUCCAAAGGUACUUCUUCUCGACCGGCAACUCGCAAGUCCAAGGUUCCGUUGCCAAGCCAGCACCUCAUGUUCUCGAGAUUGGGGCGCAGUGGCUCCAGCUUGCUCGGUCGCAGAGUCCAAGAAAUGGCAGCUCUAACAAGAAGUGCGGCGACACUGACACGGGGAGUCGGGCGAAACGAGGACGACCGACACGAACUGGCGGUUUUGUCGAGCUGUUCCCCUUGUUUGAGUUCGUGGAUAAGCAGAGGCGAGGUGUGCUUACGAUUGCGCUGCGGCCGGCGUACGUCAGCAAACAGGUCAUUGAAGCUAAACGCAAAGACAAGAGCUUAAGCCUCACGCAGAAGGACUUGCUCGUGGACUCCAACGAGGUGGACGCACUCAAAAAGGUGUAUCUCUGCAUCGGCCGCUUGAUGGGUCUGGCGAUUCGCAACCACCAGCCGCUUGCUGCAGACUUUCCUCUGGUGUUCUGGCGAUUCAUGAUGCGGGACGGUACUUUGUCGUGGGAAGACUAUUGUGAAAACAGCGACAUGUUCAAGCGCAGUCUUCAAUUUGUGCUGGACCAUGAUUUUGAUGCAGAGCCGCUGGACGUGCGGUUCGAAUAUACUAUACACGUUGUGGUCGUCGACGAGGAGGCAGAUGCGAAGCAGAAGGAGCCGCGUGAAGAAUCUACAGCGGCAACGGAAGAUGCUGGUUGUGCUCCCUCGCAUUCUCCCGUAACGACGAGUAUGGAGAUGGAGCUUCAAAAGGGAAUGGGCGAGGUGGAAGUGACGAACGCCAACAAGGCGCAGUACGUCUUGCUGCGUGCCCAGCAGCACUUCUUCGGCAACGAACUGGUCUACUACCAGAAAAUCCGUGACGGCUUUGCCGACACGAUUGUAAAAUCGGACCUGAAGCUUUUUCGCUCGGAGGAACUGCGUCGUUUGGUGCGUGGCGAGCGCACGAUCGAUUUUGAAGGACUGAAGAAAAACGUCAUCUACUCGCGAGGAAUGUCGCCGUCGCGUGGAGUUAUCCAGCACUUCUGGGAAAUUGCCGAGAGCUUCGACCAAGAGACCCGCUCGAAGCUGCUUACUUUCUGGUCAGGCUCGCCGUUGCCUCCUGUUUUCGGCUUUGAGUCCAAGUAUCGCUCCAUGAAUGCGGAUACUGCGUGCUGGUACAUCGACGUGGACACGCGGAUGCAGGCGAGCUUCUGCCCCAUGGCCAAUACCUGUGACCGCCGCUUGAUCCUCCCGGACUAUCCGACAAGUGCUGCUCUCAAGGAGAAACUAUUGGUAGCGUUGGAGCACGGGAGCGUCGGCUACGACCGCAUGUAG